AUGUAUACACUCGACGAAGUGCAGAAACAUAACAAGGCCGACGAUUUGUGGAUUAUUCUGCAUAACAAGGUCUAUGAUAUUACCAAAUAUCUUGAAGAUCACCCCGGAGGCAGUGCUAUUUUGAUUGAAGUUGCUGGCACUGAUGCUACUGAAUCAUUUGAAGAGACUGGACACUCUGAUGAAGCCCGGGAAGAACUUGAGAAAUAUCAUAUUGGAGAUCUUCCAACUGAGGAGCACGCCGAGACCAUCGAAGUCUAUCGCCCGACCUUUGAACAAGUUGCUCAAACGGCAGCAAUCAAUGUGAAAAAAACCUCUAAGCACUCCGCCAUUGCCAUUCUUGUCAAACUUGGCUUUACUGGCGCUCUGGGUGCAGCAGCAGUCCAUGGCUACCGGCAAGGAUGGAGACCCACUCUUGAGUCGCUCAAACAACUGUCAAUCCACGCUUCGACUCUCCUCUCCAACCGCUCUACCUCCGGCCAGUUCUGGUCUGGAUUUGGCAUUGCAAGCGUUGCGCAGUUGUCUCUCACAACGGGCCUGACAAUGUGGCUAUCGACCAAGUUGGACGUUCAGCAGGAGUUCACCCACUACCCUCCACACCGCACCACACGCACCGACAAGAUCAUAUUCCGAAAGAGAUUGCCAGCAGAAAGCAGCAAGGCUGGCAAAUCGAAACGCGAGCCCCCACUCGAUCCUCGGAAAUGGAAGCAUUUCCCACUCGUCCGCAAGGACUCGGUUGCACCCAAUGUAUACCGCUUCGUGUUUGGUCUUCCGAAUACCGACGAUGUCCUGGGCCUCCCGACUGGUCAACACAUCGCGCUACGAGCUACAAUCAAUGGCCAAAGUGUCUCGCGCUCGUAUACCCCAGUCUCGAACAAUACGGACUUGGGACGAAUCGAACUGUUAGUCAAGGUAUACCCACAGGGCCUGAUGACCAAGCACCUGGAAUCUAUGCAAAUCGGUGACACGAUUGAAAUCCGAGGGCCCAAGGGUGCUAUGCAGUAUAGUACCACAUACGCCAAACAAAUUGGCAUGAUCGCUGGUGGAACUGGUAUCACGCCUAUGUACCAGCUGAUCCGUGCAAUCUGCGAUGACGAGACAGAUUCGACACAUAUGAGUCUCCUCUACGCAAAUAACACGGAGGAGGACAUCUUGCUGCGGAAGGAGCUGGAUGAUUUUGCGAUGAGAUUCCCGAACAAGUUUCAAGUGCAGUAUGUGCUCUCGCAAGCUGGAGAGAGUUGGAAUGGACAUAGAGGUUUUGUUAGCCAGGACUUGAUCAAGGAGUAUCUGGCGCCUGCGGAUGAGACCAACAAAAUGCUACUGUGCGGUCCGCCUCCGAUGAUCAAUGCCAUGAAGAAGGCGCUUGCUGGACUUGGGUGGAAAGAGCCGGGUGUUCUGUCAAAGGCUACGGACCAGGUGUUUUUGUUCUAG